AUGGGCAAGAAGGGCAAGGUCGGCAAGGCCCGCAAGGACCACUUCUACUUUUUGGCCAAGGCGCAGGGCCUGCGCGCGCGCUCGGCUUUCAAGCUGCUGCACCUCGCGCAGAAGCUCGACCUGUUUCGUGACGUCGCGUACGUGCUCGACCUCUGCGCCGCGCCCGGCGGCUGGAUGCAGGUCGCGCGCAAAGCGCUGCCGAUGACGGGACACGUCUUCGGCGUCGACUUGAGUCCCAUCAAGCCCAUUCCGGGCUGCACGAGCCUGCAGGCGGACAUCACCACGCCGCAGUGCCGCAAGCUGCUCGACGGAGCGCUCGCGGAGCACGGCGUGCCGCGGCGCGGCGUGGAGCUCGUGCUGCACGAUGGCGCGCCGAACGUCGGCUCUUCCUGGGCGCGCGACGCGUACCUUCAGAACGAGUUGGUGCUGAAAGCGCUCGAGCUCGCCGUCCGCUACCUGCGGCCGAGUGGCACCUUCGUCACCAAGAUUUUUCGCUCGCAAGACUUCCUGGCGCUCGUGCAGCUGCUGCGCGAGCUGUUCGAGACGGUGCACGUAGUGAAGCCGAGCUCGUCGCGCGACGUCUCGGCCGAAACGUUCGCCCGGCGGCGGUGCAGAGCCUUCGCAGCGAGAAUGAAGCUAUGGGUCGACGAGUACGCGCCGCAGCUGUUCGCGGAGCUGGACCUGCACACGCAACAGAACUUCACGCUGCAGCGACUCUUGGAGCAGCAGCUCCCGAGCCACGUGAUCUUGAGCGGUAGUCGCGGGAGCGGAAAGUUGCUACGCUGCCGCUUGUUGCUGCAGCAGCUCUUCGGCGGCGCGAACUUGCAGUUGCGGAUGGAGAGUUUCGUCACGCAGAAGAAGCAGACGAUCGAGCUGCUGAACAGCGCGCACACGACCGAACUGUUCGCGAGCGCGUUGGGCGUCGACGACAAAAACAUCGUGCAGGACGUGUUGCGGCAGUACAGCGCAGAGGCGAACAGCCGCGCGUUUUUCGGCGCGGCGCGCGGCCCGCGCUUCCGCGUGUUCGUGAUCCACGACGCGGACCGGCUCUCGCUCAGUGCGCAAGCUUCGCUGCGCCGCACGUUUGAGAAGGCC